AUGGCCGAGACAUCGACGACGCGCUCCUCGAACCCCCUGAAGGCGAAGCUGGCCCGGUACUUCAGGGCCCACGGCCAGUUUUGUGCCCGCCAUCCGUGGGAGGUGAUAGUAAGCGUCGUGACACUCACCGUGUGCAUGCUGUCUAUCGGCGUCCUGAGCGGAGGGAAGGUUGGAACGUUCUGUGGCCUCAAUAAGCAGUGCGAGGAAGAGGAAGAGGAAGAGACGUCGGAUGUGGUUCUCCUGGCGAUGAUCAACAGCCUGGCAGUCAUCUAUGUCUACAAUCAGUUCAGCAGUCUCAGGAAGGCAGGGUCCAAAUACCUCCUCAGUAUCGCUGGGCUGUUCACGAUCUUUGCCAGUUUUGUGUUUGGCAGCGGAGUGGUGAACCUGAUAGUGGACAAGAGGGCAUCUGGCAUCAGCGAGGCUCUGCCGUUUUUCCUGCUCCUCAUUGACCUGUCCAAGGCACGGGCUCUGGCCAGCUUUGCCUUCAGAUCAAGAAACAAAAACAUAGGUCGCGGUCUCUCGGUUCUCGGACCCAACAUGACGCUGGACACCCUGGUGGAGGGGCUCCUAAUAGGGAUAGGGACAAUAUCGGGCUCUCAGAGACUGGAGAUUGUCUGCUGGUUUGGCGCCAUGUCCAUCUUUGCCAACUUCGUGGUGUUCAUGACUUUCUUCCCGGCCUCUCUAUCUCUCGUCAUGGAGGUGUCACCUUACGAUCCAAACAGUACCACGUGGCAGCUGGACGAACUGGCGAGGGACAUGCAGGAGGAAGAGGCGCAGAAGAAGCCCAACCCAGUGGUCCAGAGAGUCAAGAUCAUCAUGGCUCUGGGACUCACUUUCGUCCACCUCCAUGGCUGGUUCCUCUCCGGGAUCACUGGACUCUCCUUCGGCCUGGCUCCCCACACAACUGGGGACGACCUCUCAACUGACGCAGCGGCUUCCCAGUGA